GUGAUUGACUUUAUCAGGCACACAGACAGAGAUUUUGGGAUGCGCCACUCGUGCGUAAAACCUUGGCACUUUCUACGGAUCGCGCAUGAAGCAACGAGAGGAAGCACCACCGCUUGAAGCAAUUCGUAUCUAUUAUCGUGGAAACGUUCAACCUUCAUAUUCUCAUUGUAAAUCUUCGGAAACGGGGGAUGAGAUAUUUAAAGAGGAGGGGAAGGAUAUCUUGUAUGAGGGCAAACGCAACAAAGGCAGACUGAAUGUGAUGUUCAAGCCGACUUCAGAAGGGAAAAGUGAAGGGGAACACCAGUGGAGAUAAAACGAUGUGUCAACACUGGACUUUGAAAAUCGACCCUGACACAAAACUGCUGUUUUAAGGAUCAAGGACAUCCUCAGUGAAUCACUGACCAACUCUACUAGGGUGAGAUUUUCACCAGACAUAAUCUGACAGGAUUUAUAUUCAUGCAUAAAAUGUUUUUAUGUCUGUAAAAGUAUGUACAGUGAAUAGGAGUGCAUGGGAAAAGGUAACAUAAUUAUUUGAUGUUUCUCUUUUUCAAACACCCUAUUAACUGAAACUAUAACAGUGAAACUAUACUGAUCCUAAAUUAAUGUUGGACUGCUGCUCAUUGACUUCUGCUGGGAACUGUUGCUCUACAGACUGAUCCUCUACACUGAUGUAAUUGAGCCUUUUUGUUUGCUGAACUGUGCAUAACUAACUUUUCACGCUCAAUACCAAAUUACUCAUGUAUCUUGUGAAAUCUAGGUGUCUAAAAAAAGGGAAACAAAUACACCAAUGAUUUUUCAAAAAAAGUAAUUUGUAAUAUAUUUAAAAUUGGUUAAAAUUGUUUUCACAAUGCUCAGAGACUCUUAGUGUUUUCAAACAUGGAGAAUGUGUCUGUCUCUGGUGGGGCACCCCCCGUCUGCAACGACUCUGUGGAUUUCUACACCCUGACAUCCGGGAACAGCACUGACCUGAACUGCACUCUACCUUCAGAGUUUUACUUCGACUUUUACGUAAUUUUACCGAUCAUCUACUCUGUGAUCUGCGCAGUGGGACUGACAGGCAACACGGCCAUCAUCUACGUGAUCCUCAAAGCCCCCAAGAUGAAAACAGUAACCAAUAUGUUCAUCCUGAACUUAGCCAUCGCCGAUGAUUUGUUCACUUUGGUGUUGCCGAUCAACAUAGCCGAACACUUGCUGCACUACUGGCCUUUUGGUGAUGUUUUGUGCAAAGUCAUCCUCAGCAUAGACCACUACAACAUUUUCUCCAGUAUCUUUUUCCUGACUAUCAUGAGCAUUGACCGCUACCUGGUUGUUUUGGCCACAGUGAGGUCCAAACGCAUGCCUUACCGCACCUACCGAGCAGCCAAGAUCAUCUCACUAUGUGUCUGGAUCCUCGUUAUCCUCAUCGUCAUGCCUUUCACUGUUUUCGCCGGCGUCUUCGUCAACCCAGACGAUGGGAGGAAGAGCUGCGUGCUCAGCUUCCCCAGCCCCGAGAGUUUCUGGUUCAAAGCGAGCCGGAUCUACACACUCAUUUUGGGCUUCGCCAUUCCGGUUUCCACCAUCUGCAUCUUAUACACCAUGAUGCUCUACAAGCUGAGGAACAUGCGGCUCAACAGCAAUGCCAAAGCGCUGGACAAAGCCAAGAAGAAAGUGACCAUCAUGGUGUUUAUCGUCUUGGCUGUGUGCUUGUUCUGCUGGACGCCGUUCCACCUCACCACCAUUGUGGCUCUGACGACAGACCUGAGGGACACGCGACUCGUGAUCGGGAUCUCCUACUUCAUAACCAGCCUGAGCUACGCCAACUCCUGCCUCAACCCGUUCCUCUACGCCUUCCUGGACGACAGCUUCAGGAAAGCCUUCAAAAAAAUGCUGGAGUGUAGAACGACCUGAAUGUACCAUAGUGUGACAAAUGAAACCUGUUGCAGAGAUCUGCAGAGAUUUGCUGAGUUAGGACUGAAUGCGAUGGAAAAGUCUGAUAGCAAAGAUUUAUGUUCAAAUCUAAAUUCACAAUGUCUUUUUUUCGCAGAUUUGAAUUGCUUGGUUUGUUAAAGCUGCACUAGGCAAAUAUGCACUUUGUUUGCACAUGAUAGCAACAGGUAGCUAUCUUUUGUUUUGUCUCAUUUAUCCUUGAUAUAAAGAAAAACAGGCCUAAUCAAAGCACACAACAUUCUUAAUGUGACAACACACGUCUAUAAAUAGUUCAAACUAUAGUAAAGGAUGUGAAAUAAUAUUUGUAAGUCGAGCUUUUUCUAGACAGAACACUGUUUGGGUUUCACUUUACAUUCACCACUCAAUGUGGUCGGAGGUGAUCUCAUGCCAGCCAAUCUAAAUCACCUGAUGAGACACGAAGAUCUUUUUUAUCCGUUCUUUUUUUUGUUUUUACAUAAUUUGCCUAGUGCAGCCUUUAAUGGCUCUGAGAGCACAGUGUAAGAGAGAACAUAUUUCACUUUAUAGAAAUGGGCAAUAUUCUUUGCAAUAAGGAAUGUUUGACAUCCAGGACAAAAAAUAGCAUUGAAAACAACUUGUUUGUUGUACUGUAACUUUGAGCUGAAUUACCCAUCGUCAUUGUCUACA